UAGAACCCACCACUCCAAAGCACCAUUGCAACGUCACAGUUCCAGUGUCCAUAGAAAUGACGUCGUUUCUGCCCUUCCCUUCAACCUCCUCCCUCCGCGGCGCCUCCCUCGCAGCCCGGCCCAACUCCGCCUCUCUCUCUCAGACCCGGUUCAGUGUUAAAUGCAGGUACGCGGAGGCGAGCGUAAAGGGCGACGACCUCAACUCCGGCGCCAUAGACGUCGUGGCUGAUGUCAUACCUGAACGGGUUGUGGUGUUAGGAGGCAGUGGUUUUGUUGGGUCUGCAAUUUGUAAGGCUGCGGUGUCCAGAGGCAUAGAGGUUGUAGGUGUAAGCAGGUCAGGGCGGCCGACGUACUCCGGUUCGUGGAUUGAUCAGGUUAACUGGAUACCAGGAGACGUUUUUUAUGUAAACUGGGAUGAAGUACUUCUCGGGGCCACUGCUGUAGUUUCAACAAUUGGUGGGUUUGGCAGCGAGGAACAGAUGCAAAGGAUUAACGGCGAGGCAAAUGUUGUUGCUGUGAAUGCUGCAAAGGAAUAUGGAGUUCCAAAGUUUAUCUUGAUCUCGGUGCAUGAUUACAAUCUACCUCCAUUUCUACUUUCAUCUGGAUACUUCACAGGAAAGAGAAAAGCUGAAUCAGAGGUUCUCUCCAAAUAUCCCAACUCUGGGGUUGUGUUAAGACCUGGUUUCAUAUAUGGGAAAAGGAAGGUUGAUGGAUUUGAGGUUCCUUUGGAUCUGAUAGGAGAACCAGUCGAAAGAAUUUUACGUGCUACUGAGAGCUUUACCAAACCAUUGAGUUCUCUUCCAGCAUCCGACCUGCUCUUGGCUCCACCUGUGAGUGUUGAUGAUGUUGCGUUUGCCGCAAUCAAUGCAAUAAGAGAUGAUGACUUCUUCGGCAUUUUCACUAUUGCACAAAUCAAGGAAGCCGCUGAGAAGGUUAGGGUGUGAUUCAGUGAGUGUAUUUUGGUAUACAGAACUAGGUGGUGAUAGUUAUAUAAACAGGUCCGACUAUUACAGAAAAUAACCUGUUUCUGCAUUUGUUGGAGGAGGCGUAAAUUAUGUUGUACUGAAAAAAAAUGAAGUUGUGCUGUAAAACUGCCUUGAAUCAAACCUUUUACAGUUUCAUAUU